AUGAAACUUCAAAAACUUCUCAGUCAACGCAAUGCUUGUACUUCAUCGAGUGAACGUUGCACCCUCACCCUGGAACUUGCCCUGUGCUACUGUGAACAGAGCGAUUUUUCUGCAGCCAUUGAGGAAUAUAAAGCUUUGCUGGUCUACCUUGAAGCAGGCACUGACCGGCUCAAGACCGCACUUUGCUAUCGCUCUCUGUCGGAAUGCUUCUUAGAAUUGUCAGACUUCAAUGAGGCUAUUCGAUACGCCAGUAUGUACCUGAAGACAACACGAGAACUUCAUAAUCUUCUGGAACAACAGCGCGCAUUCGUCACCGUAGGAAGAUGCUUUCUUUGUCGUUCGGAUAAUCUCAAGAAUGGCGAACUUGGCCGUAAAAGCCUUAUGGCUGCACAACAAGCUCUUAUUAAUAGUAUAAAGUGCAUAUCUUCACUGAAAGAGCUUUCGGCCACAGAGGCAGCCGAAAUGAAGGGCGUUUCAUUGCUCAACUUGGGUAUUUCCACCUUCACGUUGCUCUUAACUUCUUAUUUGCACAUUGGUUGA